GCGCGCGCACUCUCGCACACCACCAGUUGAUCAGAGUAGAAGAGUGAAAUCCGCAGCGCAGCUGUUCUCAUUUAACCGCUUUGUGAUGUUUUCAGGCUCUUCAGCCAGGUCCUUGUCUGAAUUCCCCGCCCUACGAUGAGCUCCUCGUCUUCACCCAUGCAUGUAGUAAAGGACGUGGACCAGGAGGCUUCGCCUCUCUUUCCUUCCCCCUAUCCCAGGUCUCUAGGGUUGGACAGAGGAACUGUGUGUAUCCCUUCUCCGUACGCAGAUAACAGCCACGGCGAGAUGUGCUUUUAUGGUCCGUCUGUGCCCGAGAACCCGACCGUUGCACCUCCUCUCAGUCCGUCGUUCAUCUGGACCUCUCACAACACCCACACCAUGCCAGCUCUGUCCCUGCACUGUCCCCCCGCACUGCCGUACAGUGAGCCACAGAUACACACCACCUGGGUUGUCAGCAAGCCACCUAGCACAUGCCGAAACAGCUCUUUCCUGUCUCAUUCAAAGUUGCAUGCGAAGCGAUCAGAAGACGGCAACGAAGCUCUGAACUCCUCCACGUCGUCGGGUGCCAUGACCAAAAGUGACAUGCACUUCUGUGUCGUGUGUCAUGACUAUGCGUCAGGCUACCACUACGGUGUCUGGUCUUGUGAGGGCUGCAAGGCUUUUUUCAAGAGGAGCAUUCAAGGACACAACGACUACAUCUGUCCAGCCACCAACCAGUGCACAAUCGACAAGAACCGCCGCAAGAGCUGCCAAGCGUGCCGUUUGCGCAAGUGCUACGAAGUGGGCAUGAUGAAGUGUGGUGCACGACGUGAGCGGUGUGGUUAUCGAAGUUCCCGCAAUCGCCGAACCACCCAGAUAAGCGAUGGCUCUGCCAGGCUCAUGGGGGUCAGAGAUCAUGCCCAAAGACAUACUCAUGCCCCACUCCAUCUCUCACUGUCUCAUCCUGGCCCCAGGGUGCCCACAGAAAAUGGGUUUUCAGGUUUGUCCCCUGAGCAACUAGUGCACUUUAUCCUAGAGGCGGAGCCUCCGCAGAUCUAUCUAAAGCAUCAGAUGAAGAAACCGUACACGGAGAGCACCGUGAUGAUUUCACUCACACAGCUAGCUGACAAAGAGCUUGUCCUCAUGAUCAGCUGGGCCAAGAAGAUUCCAGGUUUUGUGGAGCUAAGCUUGGCCCAUCAGGUGCACCUGUUAGAGUGCUGUUGGUUAGAGGUGCUCAUGCUGGGCCUGAUGUGGAGGUCAAUCGAUCAUCCUGGAAAACUCAUCUUCUCCCCAGACCUCAAACUUAACAGGGAGGAGGGAAGCUGCGUUGAGGGGAUCAUGGAGAUUUUUGACAUGCUCCUGGCUGGGUCCUCAAGGUUCAGAGAUCUAAAGCUGCAGAAGGAGGAGUAUGUCUGCCUCAAAGCGCUCAUCCUGCUCAACUCUAGUAUGUAUAUGACAUCGACGGAGAGCGAGAAGGAGCUGGAGAGCAGGGCAAAGUUGCUACGGCUGCUUGACGCCGUGACUGACGCGCUGGUGUGGGCCAUCUCACGAACAGGUUUAUCCAUGCAGCAGCAGUCCGCACGCCUCGCUCACCUACUCAUGCUGCUCUCGCAUAUCCGACAUCUCAGUAACAAAGGCAUGGAGCACCUUUCCAGCAUGAAGCGGAAGAACGUCGUCCUGCUGUAUGACCUGCUGUUGGAGAUGCUCGACGCCAACACUACUCACAGCAGGCGUAGUUCUGGUAGCACGUUCUCCGACCCCGCGACCAGAGAGACUGUGUUGAACAUGCACGCUGACCUGGAGGUGGCGAUCCCAGUGUCCUCGCGGAACACACCCACGCCCACUCAGCUCCACAGUCCCGUCACUCAACAACUCACACAGGUGACCGAGUCACAGUGCAGCCAGGAGUGAGUGCUCCCCCCCCCCAACCUCUCACACACACGCACACAGUGUCUCCUCCAUGGAUUCAGACGUCCCUCCAGCUGCCAAACUCUUUCCCCAUUUGCCUUUAAGCUACUGAUUCUGAACCUAGCUAUAUUAGAUGACCCAGAAUUCAGCUCAGUUCCUUUAUACAAUGUGGUGAAUUUUCUUUUCAGUUACUGUAUUUUCCAGACUAUAAGAUAUUGUUUUUGGCCUGCUACGUACAGUGUAGGAGACACUGUGAUGUUUGCUGGUGAAAUUAACACCUUAUAAAGAUGGCCAGUAAUAACAAAAACAUAAAUAAUAACCAGAAUAUUAAACACUUGACUAUAUAUAUAUAUAUAGUCGCAUAAAUGUUUUUGUAACACUUCUCUAUCCGGAUAAUCAGUUUAUGAGUACACAAGUAACAGUCUCUGUGAAGUAGAUUAAAAAGACUUUAAUUUGGGUUAAGUUGUUUUUGUCACACAUGCUUGACAAUAAUUCUUCUUUCCUUGUAUUUAUAGUUAGAAAACAUAGAAACAAGACUCCAGUAAUAGUAAAGAGAAUGCUGUGAUUGUCUUAUACACAGGAAACAAGACAGCGAUGAACUUGGUGCAACUCUAAUAAGACAAAAUCUAAAUUAGUCUAUAGCAGUAGUUCGCCAGUUUAGAGUAUUUACUUGGCCGCAUCUGGUAGUCCAAAUAAUACAGUACAAUUCUACAAUCCAAAUAACUCCAGCCUGUGUUUAUUUGCACUACUAAUCCCUUUUGUCCCUCCCUCCGGCUCUGUGGCGCUACAUACAUCUGAACUGAGAGAUGUUUUCUGUUUAAAAGAAACAAAAAACUCAAGCAGACACCGUUCCCAACCUGUGUAAGACGACUCAGUAGUGUGUGGCGUGAACUACAGACCGGAUCUGACCUACAACUUCAGUUUGGAAACCCUGGAAGACCCCCAGACUUUACACGGACGUUACGUCUGAGGUAACACAAGCUUUUUCACACAGCUCCAUCAAAUGUGACUUUUUCAGCUGUCAAGGUUUCAUUCAGCAGAUCAUGACCAGAUUUAAAAUUGGGACUUUUUUGUACAUUUUUAAAGCCAAGGUCCAGAAAACUCAACACCUAAUCAGUACUGUUUGUGUUGCCAUAUAAUUCACUGUAAAUAUCGCAGAAUUACUUUCUGCUACAAAAAAUCGUGAGACGUUUAAGAUUUUCACAUAUUCGUUGUCUGUUAAAUUGUAGGGUUUUUUUUUCAAACUUGCAUAGUGUGCAAAAACAUUUAAGGCCUAGAUACUCUAUGCUGAUAAGUCUAGAUGAUUGCUAAAUUAGGAAAAAGGUUUCUUAAUUUUUGUAAACAAACGCUCUAUGAUUCGUGCUUGUUUUAAUGCAGUGCUUACAGCUAUGCAAAAUGUUACGUGCCUAGAAACCAAAAUGCGGUUUGGUUUAUUAGAAAUAGUCGCCUCUAAUUUAUAUGACUGAUGAGAAACAAUAUUCACACCGGGGCGUCUUAAAGGUAUAACUUCUGAGCCAUUUCCAAGGAAAUUAUAUAUUUAAAAUACAACUAAUUAUUGUGGUUUACAUUUUGCACUGUUUAAUUACAGGUGAAUACAAAAUCAGCGUAUUUGGGUCUUAAAUGUUUAUAUGUGAAUAAUAUUCAUUUGCAUUCAGUCUCAGCAGCAUUCUGCUGAUAAUAACAGGAAAAAAAAAACAUGUAAAUAACACAAAAAUGACCAGCGUGAAGUGUGUCGAUGCAUAAUUUAUUGUCGUAAAAUCAUGUUAGUCGUCAGUGUCCUACUUCAACAAUCUCACCAGACUGUUAGAUAAAAAUAAAUAAAAAGGACCAAGUACUUCAACACGCUUUGGGCAAACAGCUUCAUUUCUUAAGAAGUAACAAUUGACUUUAAACUAUACAUCAUGACCAUAAAUAAUUAAAACUGUACACACUCUAAUUCUCAGUACAUCUCUAAUAUAGCUUUUGUUUGGUGAGGGGAAAUAAAUAAAAUAAAAUAUUUUAUCGUUGUUUAAAAACUAUAUAACAAGUCAGCAGUUUUGACAUGUACGGAUAAUUCUAUUGAUGUGUGUGUAUUCGAUUGUUUUUUUGUUUCUGUAUUCAAAUGUACUCUUAGAGAAUUGUCUUCUAAAUUCAUGUCAGCCGGAGUAGCUAAAAAACUAAAUGCACUAAUACUUCAUGCCAAGUCCAUAGUUUUUACACGUAAAAACAUGCACCAAACUGAAAAUAGAACCAAAAAAUUUCAUUGUUGUAACCUGGUUUUCUAUUUUAUUUAUAAUGUUUCCUUCCAAAAAUAUGAAUUUUCUUCUUCUUCAUUUAAACCUUAGUUCUGUACAACUUUUUUUUUUUCCCCUCAGAUACUGUCAUAAAAUUGCUGAUAGUGUAAAAAUAUUUCAAGGGCCGGUUGCUCACGUAGGAGGGGGACCAUUGGUGUAGCGCAGCAUGGGGUAGAAGGAGCGGGCAAAGUUAUUGGACAGGGCACAGCUGUAAUCCUCUUCAGACGCUGGCACUAGGCAGACCAACAUCAGAAGCAGCAGGAAGAGCAGAUGGAGUGGAAAUGCAACUCGCAGAACCCGGGACAAGAACGGUCUCCCUCUGGAAAAGUCCCUGCAAGGCCAAAAAUGUGUGUGAUGCUUAAGUUGUUAACUGUUUGUACCUUUUAUGCAUCUGGUUGUGUUUUAAAUCCUGUCAUGCUUAGCACAUUAAUUACAUACUUAGCACAUGCAGAAGGUCUCCUCUCAACAGCACUUGUCUUCUAGAUGUAAAAAGAGGUAAGUGAGUAAAAGUCAGCAGUUUCAUGACCCCGGUACGCCGUAGCACUUAAACAUUGAUGUUGUUACCUUGUCCGUUAGCGCUGGGUGCUGCACAUGCUUACGGUCUACUGAUGAUCCUUCACUUUUCUGCAAAGCAAGUUAAAAAUUCAGCGGGAGAGUUAUUGGGUAAUUACUGUAAAAGGGGUGGCCCUGUCACUUAAAUAAAACUUGUUUACCCUCAGGA